AUGUCUAGAUCACUCGCACGUCGUUCGUUUCGAACGUUCGCAAAGGCUCGAGUGUCGACGACGAUCCGUUCGCCCAGUAUUUACGAGGCGUCGCUCGCGCAAACCCCACUGACUCUCCGCAACGUGAAUCUUAACAUUAGGUCGUCGACUCAAACUUUGUUUCAGCCGCUCAAUUUUUACAGUGUCGGUCAGUCGAACGAUUUUUUCAGUGAAUACGAUCGGCAUGUGCUGGAGAGAAUGAAACUAGGUAUCCCGCCGAAACCAUUGACCCCACGGCAAGUGUCCGCUCUGAUCCCGCUGUUAGAAGCACCCAUAAAAGGCAAAGAAAAACAAACUCUCGACUUAUUCAUAAAUCGUGUGUCGCCUGGUGUAGAUGAAGCAGCUUAUGUCAAAGCAAGCUGGCUUGCGAGUGUGGCGAAGAGUAAAAUUACAAGCCCACUGGUAACGCGAGCAGAUGCAGUUCGUAUCCUUGGGACUAUGCAAGGUGGAUACAACGUCGGACCUCUUAUUGAUGCCUUGGAUGAUCCUGAACUGGCAAUAAUUGCUGCAGCAGCUCUUUCUGAGACAAUAUUGAUAUUUGACGCUUUCCAUGACGUGGAAGAAAAAGCAGCUAAAGGGAACGAUUCUGCCAUGCAAGUUUUGCGCAGCUGGGCUGAUGCAAAGUGGUUCAAUGACAAGCGACCAGUCCCCGCAAAAAUGACAGUGACUGUUUUUAAAGUACAAGGUGAAACUAAUACGGAUGAUCUCUCACCUGCCCAGGAUGCUUGGAGUCGUCCAGAUAUUCCUUUACACGCCCUAGCUAUGCUUAAGUCGACGCGUGAGGGUAUUGAGGAGCCUAUCGCUCAACUCGCGGAGCUAAAAAAGCUCGGCCACCCGCUAGCAUACGUAGGAGAUGUUGUUGGUACUGGCUCCUCUCGUAAGUCUGCCACUAACUCGGUGUUGUGGCACAUGGGUGAAGAUAUUCCAAACGUUCCAAAUAAACGUACAGGAGGAGUGUGCAUAGGUGGCAAAAUUGCACCGAUCUUUUUCAACACGAUGGAAGAUAGUGGUGCUUUCCCUCUUGAGAUGGACGUGACUGGCAUCAAUAUGGGAGAUAUUCUUGACAUUUUCCCGUACGAACGUGUUGUGAAAAAACACGGCACGGACGUGGUGAUCUCCACUUUUAGUCUUAAAAGUGACGUGUUGUUCGAUGAAGUUCAAGCAGGUGGACGUAUUCCGCUAAUCAUUGGUCGUGGGCUUACUGCAAAGGCAAGAAGUGCGCUUAAGAUGGAGCCAUCUAGCACUUUUCGUUUGCCUUGCAUACCUGACGCUACUGUGAAGGGAUUUACUCUUGCGCAGAAAAUGGUAGGUAUCGCGUGCGGUGUUGAUGGAGUACUCCCUGGUACAUAUUGUGAACCCCGUGUUACGACUGUGGGAAGUCAAGAUACAACUGGACCGAUGACGCGAGAUGAGCUGAAGGACUUGGCGUGUCUUGGUUUUAGUGCUGAUCUAGUCAUGCAGUCAUUUUGCCAUACGGCAGCUUAUCCCAAACCGGUAGAUAUUGAUACACAUCACUCGCUACCUUCAUUUAUGAGAAAUCGAGGUGGCGUAUCUCUACGACCGGGCGAUGGGGUGAUUCAUAGUUGGUUGAAUAGGAUGCUACUGCCUGACACUGUCGGAACAGGGGGCGAUUCGCACACUCGAUUUCCGAUCGGAAUUUCUUUCCCAGCUGGCUCUGGAUUAGUGGCGUUUGGAGCCGCUACAGGAGUAAUCCCUCUUGACAUGCCCGAAUCCGUGCUCGUGCGCUUCACUGGUAACCUUCAACGAGGUAUCACUUUGCGUGAUCUGGUGCACGCGAUACCAUUACAGGCAAUCAAAUCAGGUCUACUCACAGUUGCCAAACAGGGCAAAGUGAACGUUUUCAGUGGCCGGAUUAUAGAAAUUGAAGGCCUCGAGCACCUCAAGUGUGAACAGGCCUUCGAACUAUCUGAUGCCAGUGCUGAAAGGAGUGCAGCGGGAUGUACGAUAAAACUUGGUGAAGCGAGCGUAAAAGAAUAUCUUACCAGCAAUGUCGUUCUACUCAAUUGGAUGAUAGCAAACGGUUAUGGUGAAGUUCGAACAAUCCAACGUAGGAUUGAAGCGAUGAAUAAGUGGUUAGCUGCACCUGCCCUUUUGGAAGCCGACGUUGACGCUGAGUAUGUUGAAACAAUCGAGAUCAAUAUGAGUGACAUAUGUGAACCAAUCUUAUGUGCACCAAAUGACCCUGAUGAUGCACGGAUACUUUCAUCAGUAACCGGUGAUAAGAUUGAUGAAGUUUUCAUCGGUUCUUGUAUGACAAAUAUUGGACAUUUCAGGGCGGCAGCAAAGCUUUUAAACAGUCAUGUAGGCCAACUGCCGACCCGACUUUGGGUGGCACCACCGACAAAGAUGGAUGAGUUGCAGUUGAAGAUCGAAGGUCAUUACAGCACGUUUGCUGCGGUUGGUGCUAGAACGGAGAUGCCAGGCUGUUCGCUCUGUAUGGGAAACCAGGCGAGAGUUGCUGAAAAAAGUACUGUUGUUUCAACGAGCACAAGGAACUUUCCCAAUCGUCUUGGGAAGGGUGCAAAUGUCUACUUGGCUUCCGCCGAGCUCGCGGCAGUGUGUGCUAUUCUAGGACGAAUACCGUCCAAUGAAGAAUACCAAAGAUACGCGGACAUUAUUGCGCAGGAAGACAGCACGUACAAAUACCUGAACUUCGAUCAGAUUAGUCACUACGCAGUUGAGCAGCCUGAUGUUUAG